AUGGCUUCCCUUCACCGCGGAAACACACUGGCCGCCGAGGGUGAUCGACCCGCGGAGCAGCCAGAAGGCUCCUCGAAGAAUGCGAUCCAGAGCCCUACCGUUGAUGCAGCCUGGAACAUGGAGCUGGUGCUUUUCAAGAAACCUAUACUCGACCUCAGCCCAGUCGUCACUCGCAACACCCUGGAGGAUUUCGCUGAGCCCAUCCCGGGACUCGAACAAGUCCUUUUGGGCCGUUUAAAUGAGAGCGAGAAUGCCCAGCCGAGCAACCACAUCCGUGAGACCGAUGAUGAAUACCCUCUAAUGACUUGGGCAGACCUCUUCGAUGGUACCUAUUCACCCUGGUAUGAAUACCGCGACGCGGGCUGCUUUGGCUACGUAUGCCCUCCUGCUUGGGACGGUCUCGACUGGAGUAGCCGCGUUCGCGGGCACAAGGUUGAGUUCCUGGGGAUCAAGGAUCUGGAGGCGGCUGCGAUAUCUGUUCUGGCUAGAGUGGCGCCCCUGAUUCAAAAGAUGGAGGCAACCACUAAGCUUGAGGAGGUCGAUUGA